AGUUCUCUGUUGCGCAUGCGCGAGGGGGAUUUGCAAUACCUUCAUCACCAUCCAGGAGUUUUCCAGUCAGACCUUUGUGGUACCCGGAGGAGCCACAUGCAGUUGGACCAGCGUGUCCCCGAGAACGACGAAGCCGCGUGCGGGUCUGUAGCACUUCACCACCGGGCCUUCACCGGACACAGAGACACGCGGUGCUGUUUGCAGUCCUGAAGCUUGGUACUCUACUCUGAAACAGUCCACAUCUCAUCAAUCUAGCUGACAUGCCUCCAGCCGUGGGUGGGCCAGUGGGGUACACCCCCCCUGAGGGUGGCUGGGGCUGGGCAGUUGUGGCGGGUGCCCUCAUCUGCAUCGGCUUCUCCUACGCCUUCCCCAAAUCCAUCACCGUUUUCUUCAAGGAGAUCGAGGUCGUCUUCGAUGCCACGCCCAGUCAGGUGUCCUGGAUCUCCUCCAUUAUGCUGGCUGUCAUGUAUGGAGCAGGUCCUAUAAGCAGCAUCCUGGUGAACAAAUAUGGCAGCCGACCAAUCAUCAUGCUCGGGGGCGUCCUGGCAGGUUCUGGACUGGUUGCUGCUUCCUUCUGCAACACUGUGGAGCAGCUGUACUUCUUCAUUGGAGUAGUCGGAGGUUUGGGACUCGCCUUCAAUUUGAAUCCGGCUCUCACCAUGAUCGGUAAAUACUUCUACCUGCGGCGGCCCAUCGCCAACGGCAUCGCCAUGGCGGGCAGCCCCAUCUUCCUGUCCACCUUGGCUCCUCUGAACACCUGGCUGUAUGAUGAGUUUGGUUGGAGGGGCAGCUUCCUGAUCCUGGGAGGACUUCUGCUGAACUGCUGCGUGGCCGGUUCUUUGAUGCGACCCAUCGGGCCCAAACCCCAGCCACCUCAGCCCGUGGCAGGGGACGACAAAGCCGCUCCGGCGCAGCCCAAAAAGACGGUGCUGCAGACCAUCAACACGUUCAUCGACCUCACGCUCUUCAAACAUCGCGGCUUCCUGCUCUACCUCAUGGGAAACGUGGUCAUGUUCUUCGGCCUCUUCUCUCCUCUCAUCUUCCUCUCCAACUUCGCCAAGAGUAAAGACAUCAGCAAAGAAAAGGCGGCGUUCCUUCUCUCCAUCAUGGCUUUCAUCGACAUGUUCGCCCGACCUUCCAUGGGACUCCUGGCCAACACCAAGCUGAUCCGGCCCAGAGUGCAGUAUUACUUUGCAGCUUCGGUUUUCCUGAACGGACUGUGUCACGUCUUCGCUCCUUUAAACGUGGACUACACCGGGUUCAUCGUGUACGCCAUCUUCUUCGGCUUCGCAUUCGGCUGGCUGAGCGCCGUGCUGUUCGAGACCCUGAUGGACCUGGUGGGGGCGCAGAGGUUCUCCUCCGCUGUGGGUCUGGUCACAAUAGUGGAGUGUGGGCCUGUGCUGCUGGGACCCCCCUUGACAAGUAGUUUCUACAACUACUAUCACCACUACAACUACACCUACCUCACCUGUGGAAUCAUCCUCAUCAUCGCCAGCGUCUUCCUCUUCGUGGGAAUGGGCAUCAACUACCGUUUGUUGGAUAAAGAGAAGAAAGAGGCAGAGAGGAAGCAAAAGGAGGAGCCUAAAGAGGAGCGCACGGCCAUGCUGGAGGCGUCUUCACCGUCGAAGACGGAUGAAUCGGAGCCGGCCCCCACCUUGGAUGAGGUGGCGAGAAUGGACGAGGACUCGGUGUAAACGGACUGAACCUGGGGACACACUUUCAAUAACGCACGCGGGAGCAGCAGUCGCAACACACUCCGUUUGUUGUUUUUAGAGCGGACACCCUUUUUACUGCGUCCUAAAGCCAUAGAAACCGUUACCAUGAAAACCUGCUGCGGUGACGUCCGGUCGGGCUCUCCUCUGGUUUCUGUGUGCCUUCUGGUAAACUCCUGUUCAGGAGCACAGCUGCUGCUUCUGUGACCCCCCGAACACACACAGACUACAAGAUAAUCUGACACUUUGACUCAGGGGCUCAGACCUCAGAUCCGCCACCACAGGAAGCCUUUCACUGUAACUAAACGGUUCCCCUCACUUGUGGUGUUUCACUCUCAACGGUUGGACUAAAAGGUAUUUUUACAGGAAAGCACGCCUAUAGGGAAAAUAAUUCACUAACAGAGCCGUCUCUCUUGGCGUCGGAUGUUUAUAAGCUUUUUAAUUUAGAAUGUUAAGGCUGGAUGAGCUUCCAUGUAUAACCAGGAAGCUGGAAAACCAUGAAGGAAUCUGUAGAAGCCAGGUCAUGCCGAAGGUUUCUAUCUGUUGUGAGGAAUUAAACCUGCAUCCCAGGUGAGCAUCCUGCAAGAUAAAGCUACACACAAGGCUGGACUAUGCCCCCUGCUGGCUAUUGAUGGUAGUGUUUGGCUCCCAGUGCUGCAACCUUUAGUAUUUUUAAUGAUUUAUCGAAUUCUCUACAUUUUUUAAGGACUUCUUUUUAACAAGUCUGACAAAAAAGGUUAGUCGAUGUAUUUUAAUUGUGGAUUGUGUGUUUUUAGGUCUAUUAAUUGAAGCCAGGUUUUUAUCACUUUUUUAAAACGUUUCCUCGUCACAGCAGAGUCACGGCAGGUGGAGGUGCGGUCACUGUUGGCGGAGUUGUCCGACUCGGGUCCAGUUCAGAGGGAACAGAAGACGGGAAACGUGCAGAACAAAAGAGCGGAGAAGCCUCAAAGCUAAUAUUUGUUACUGUUUUGUAUCAGAAGUUGUUGUCCUGGAGAGAGCUCACACUUGUGUAGGUUAACACAACUCUUCCAGAGGAUUAUGUUGCAUUUUCUAGAGAGUGGAGAGGCACCAUGUCAUCAUCAGGCUCCUUUAAAUUCAUCAUGACCAAACGGGUUUUUCCAAACCGGUUAUCCACGUUUGUUUUUUUUCUUGAAUUAGCCGGCUUGUUAAAAUUCUGUCUGGGGAUCCCACAUCCAUCCUCUUACUUGAAUCUGAAGCUCACCUCCUGAGUUUCAUGGAUGUUUGUGCGCUUUGGAACAGACGUUGGUCAUCAGACGGGCUUCCUUCUCCAUGUGUCCACAUUCCCCUGCUACAAUGCUGCCUGAUCUUCUUCAGAGUUUAAUCAAACCACAGCUGAGCUGACAUUUAUUCCACAGGUUAAUUUGAUGCUGAUUCCAAACAAACUGAAGCUUCUUUUUUUUUUUUUUUCCUCCAACUCCAGGCGCCUCUGAAGAUGGUGACCUGAGAUCAAACAUCAGAACUGAGUGUUAGUGCUUUCAAUUUUCCAAAGCGGUACGUUUAUGUCGCCACGGCACCUUGUGUUGCAUAGAAAUGAACAAAUUGUUACUAUUUUUGGGAGAUUACUUUUAGACGUAGUUGGUAUUUUAAUGUUUGUGUGAUACUUGUGACUGCUGUUGAAUAAAUGGCUUUUAAAACGAAA